CGUCAAUCCCCUCCUAGUCUCUUAUAUCUGUGUAUUAGUAGAGCAUAUUACUACAAGGAGGAGAGGAGAGCUGGGAGGAUUCUGAGCUGUGAGAGAAGAUUUGGCUGUUUCUGACAUGGAGAUGAAAGAUGGAAUCCCUGCAUAUGAUCCAAAUUCGGGACAAAACAAUCAGCCUGGAAUGGGGCCAAAUGCAGGAUAUCCUGUUCCACCACAGGGAUAUUAUCCUCCACCACAGGGAUAUUACCCUCCUCCGAAUGGCUAUCAACCACCUCCCCCAGGUGGAUACCAAGGCCCACCAGGUCAACCUAACUAUGGGCAAUAUGGAGGCCCUCCUGUACAAAAUCAACCAAUGGGGCCAGGUGGCCCGUCACCUGCAUGGAUGCCAGCCCCUCCAGCAGACCCAAACUGCCCACCAGGGUUAGAAUAUUUGAGUAUGAUCGAUCAACUACUUGUCCAUCAGCAAGUAGAGCUACUGGAAGCUUUGAUUGGCUAUGAGUCUAACAACAAAUAUGAAAUCAAGAACAGCAUGGGCCAGAGAGUGUACUUUGCUGCUGAACAAAAUGAUUGUUGUACUCGGAAUUUCUGUGGAGCCGCCCGGUCUUUUUCCAUUACCAUUGUUGAUAACUCUGGUCGUGAAAUAAUCCGACUGUCAAGACCAUACAGAUGUUCUUCAUGCUGUUUUCCUUGCUGUCUGCAGAAGUUACAAGUGGAGGCUCCUCCUGGAACAACAAUUGGCUUUGUGAAACAGAACUGGCAUCCAUGUUUACCGAAAUUUACCAUUCAGAAUGAAAGGGAGGAAGAUGUUUUGAAGAUCCAAGGGCCUUGUGUACCAUGUAGCUGCUGCUCUGAUGUGAACUUUGAGUUGAAGUCCCUGGAUGACGUUACUGUGGUUGGGAAGAUUUCCAAGCAGUGGUCAGGAUAUGUAAAAGAAGCUUUUACAGAUGCUGACAACUUUGGCGUUCAGUUCCCUAUGGAUCUUGAUGUGAAAAUGAAAGCUGUUGUUCUUGGUGCCUGCUUUCUCAUUGAUUUCAUGUUUUUCGAACAGACUAAUAAUAAACAUUAAAAUGUGGCAAUGGAACGUCAAGAUCACCAACAUAUUCAAAGUCAUCUUGCUCUUGUACCUCAAGAUUUGGAAAAAACAUCUGUUUUUGUACUUACAUUUUUUUAGAUUUAUAAAAUCCAUAUUUUUAGUGUUGGACACGUCAGAUAUUAUUAUUAUUAUUUUUUUUUUAACUAUUGGCAAAGUUUUUGCAUUUGGAAAUUCUUAGAUUUUAAUGUGAAGUUGCUGUUCAAGAUGUUGCAGUGACUUGUCAGCCACACAUUGUAGUAUAUGGUAGUAUUUUUGUUUUAAUUUUUAUUAUUUUUCUCGUGAAUGCCAUUGCAUCUAUCGGCAUUUUCAUUGCAUUGCUGACAUUUGUAUAGGGAACCCGGGACCAGGGAUUUGAUUUACUUGGUUAUACUUCUUCAUUGCAUUUGAAUAGUAAUAUAUAUUGGGCGAUGUCUCCUUUUUAUCCCCAGAUAAGUGCUACGUUACCGUGCAUUUCAUAUUUCAAAUUUUUAACUUUCAAACACUUCUUACUAAACUAUUGACCUAUCCUGAAAACUAUCUACCUCCAUAUAAAAUGGUGACUAAAUUAGCAUUUUGUUUCAGAUACAGGGCAUUAAUAAACACUUGUAGAUCCCAUUGUCUUGGAAUUGUGCCAAAAUGUCCUAGUAGUGUUUUUUUUUCUCUGUUUUGAGUCAGUGGUGGAAGAUUUAGCAUUACUACUAGCAAUGAACACAUCAACAACUAGCUACAGAAUUUUAUUUUGGGCAUUACAAUUUUUCCAGCUAUGUAAUGGGGGAGGGACACCUCUUCUCCUACCCCAAGUCCCCUCCUAUUACUUGUUGGAUAUUUUUUUAAAGCUGAUUAGUGAAAUGCUCUUCUGACAUGCUUGGGGACCUUUUUUAUGUUCUGAUUAACUACAGGAAAUUCAAUUCUGUCUGUACCCAGUGGACAGUUAAACUAUGAAAAGUGUUCUGAUCAAUUGUGUAUCAGUACAAUUUCUCUAUCUGAGGUCUAGAGAGACAGUUUGAGUACAUAUUGUAUAUAUCGGCAUGUUUUAGGCUUUGCAUACAUAAGCAAUCCUUUGUAGGAACUGCCUAAUGUGAGCAGUCCCUCUCUCCAGAAUGUAUAUCUAAGAGGAUUGUACCAAUGGAAAACCAAUGCAGCUUGCUAGAAAUUUGUGUGGUCUGAAGUUGACUUUGUCACCUCCUAAAUGCCUCUGACUAGUCUCCAUCUUUAAACUGUACCCUCUUUUUGUAAUUGUGAAACAGUUAGGUGGGUAAUGUCAAAGCAUUAACCAAAUCUUUUGCUCAAGCUCUACCGGGUGCUACAGUUGUGUAAACUGUAGUUUUCACUUUUUAGAGGAGCAAAGGAAUGUAAGUAACAAUUAUCUAUUCACUUUAUGUAUUAACGUGUAUGAGAAAUAACUAUUUAGUAUCAAACUAUUAUUCCUCGGUAUCUUAACAUGUUAAACAAAUGGACUGUAAAUGUAAUUUAAGCAGAUCUAUAAUGUUAAAGGGUUUUUCUGUUUCACAUGCUUGAAUGUUAUAGAUUUGCUUUGCGCCAGCCAUACACCGUUCGGUUUGAACCAUUAAUGGGCAGCUUGAAUGUACCAGGUUGAUCAAUCGAUCAACUUUGGUACAACCAGCCUGCUGCAUUCUCUUGCGAUUUAUCACUAGUAGCUGCUAGUGUUAAUCACUGUCUCCGUAGCAGGGACUACUUCCACCCCCCCCCCCCCCAUCAAACUCAAUUGCUGAGUCCCCUGUCACUGCCUGUGGUUGCCAGAGAGACCCUUUUUUGCACCGCGUGUAUGGGCCUGAUAGAUAGAUUAUUUUUAUAUAUAUAAUCUAAUAUUGGAUUUCCCUUGGUGGGCAACGGUUGUGAAAAGAAAUCCUGAAAAUGUGACCUUAUAUUUUUCCCUAUGCUACCUGGACUUAUUUUGUUGCUCAAUAAGUAGUUGGAGCAGACCGUUCUCAUCUUUUCUACAGUUGUUAAAGGCUACACUUCUGUGCUUUGACAUUUUUGUACAUACUUGACCUGGUUUUGCAGUUUCUAUUCUGUCUUUUUGUAAAGACCCCUUUUUUUUUUUUUUUUUUUUACAGGCAGUUCUCCAGCUUGUAAAUGCUUUUUUGUUUUUUCUAUAGCGAUGAAAUUGUCUAUUAAGGUUUACUGCAUUUUAUGUAUGGAUGGCUGCGAUACAUGCUCCUGAAAGCUGUCAACUUCGUUUAGGGGCAAAAAAAAAAUGCAAAACUGUUUGUUUUGUAAUUGUUGCAAACCACGGCAUGUCAGGGGGUCAUGGGUAUGCAUUGUCUGCAUUUAUUUGUGGUAGGCAAGUUCCUCUAUCUGCAGCUGAAUUUCAACUGCGUGUGUGAAAGGAGCCUAAAUCAUCCAACAGUUCUCAAUAUUGUAAGUGCCUAGGUAAUAAACAUUAAAGUGUCUUUUCAGUGAAUAUAAUAACUUGUUAAAGUAAUUCUCUUCUGUUACUAAUGAGUUUUCUGUAAAACAGAUAUAUGCAAGUUUUAUAUUGUACAAAUGUGAAAAAUAAAAUGCCUGUUUAUUGAGA